UUUCAAAGUGGAACUUUCGUACAUUUGAAACGUACUUUCGAAAUACACAGAUAGUUUCAUUAAUAAGCUAUCUCAUGUCUUCUCACGUAAUCAGAGAAGGUCAUGUUUGUUCCUAUGAUCGAGCAAUAACAACAAAUGACACAGUAAGUUAUCAACGUUGUGAAUUAAACAGCUCAUCAACAAAUGAAAUAUUAAACCAAGAGGCUAUGAAUCGUGAAAAACAGGAAGCGGUAGGUUCUCCAGACGUUAAAUUUUUGGCACGUUCACUAGUAAAUGACGUUACUCAAGAUGCAUUCAAAGCGGAACUUAGGAAAGACAAUGAAAUACGUCACUUAAGCAAUGAUCAGAAUAACAUUGAAUUAAACUUAGCAGAAGAUGAAACAUAUGACUCUGAUGACUCUAACGCAUAUGUGAGAAGACGUGUGGCAGAACUUAACUUGGAAUUAUCGAAGGAAAAAGAAUAUUUUGCUGAUAACUAUGAAAAAAAGACAGGACGUGUCAAUUUUCAUCCACAACUUUUUUAUUCACGGAUAAUAAGCCAGAAUAGUUGUGAAGAUUUAAAUGAUUUCAGCGAAGACGAAAUAAACGAGUUGAAAAAUUUAAGUCAUAAUGAAGAUGAUACAAUGAAUAAGUCAAUUAUGAAGGCAAAUCCAAGAUAUUCUCAACAGCGGACGUCUGUUAUACCAGGACCUGUUAAUAUCAGUGAGAAUAACUUAGGUGGAUAUGAGUCUCUCAUCUCAAAAGAAAGUAAUGUAGAGGAGGCCGACAAAAAUUUGAUUGACAAUACAAAUGUUACACAUACAGAUGAAGUAACAAGGACGAAGAAGUACCGAAAAACUCCAAUCAACGAGCGAGAUAACAAUAUUACUAAAAUAAUAACUAAGCAUGUAAGUAAUCAAAAAAAUGAAAGGACAUGUAAUUCUCAGUUUCAGAACAAUAAUGAUAAGCCAUUAACCGAGAAAGCGAAGGAAAAUUCUAUCCAAAUUGCAGAUAAAAAAUCACGUGAUCAUAAAUUAUCAAACUGGUUAAGAGCUAAAGUUUUACAAAGAAAAAGUGAAGAGGAAAUGAGACGAUAUGAAAAUGAAGAACAACAACAUCUGAAUGUUGUGCAUUCCAGAGAGGCAUGUGAGCAGGCAUUUAAACAGUAAGUUGGCACGAUUGUUAGACUAUUUAAUUUGUGGUGAAUGAAUGUAAUCUAUAAUCAUUUGGAUUUGUGAAGUGUUGUGUUCUAUGGCCUGCUAAUUAUGUCACGUGUUUAGAUUGCCCAGUUAAAACAUGGACUCCCAUGACCUUGAUACUAUACCAGAUCAAUGACGGAUUAAGCAGUACGAACAGCGUAUGGUCAACUCUGAGUCCAGAACACAGCUUCUACUAUAUGUAUCGCGUAUUUCAGACAUAUGUAGUUUAAAUACAAGCAAAUUAGACCGCAUCAUACUAUGAAGUAGAAAACAGCAAUUAUACAAGAUCUGACCAAAUGUGUAUGUGUGAGAUACUGUAACUAAUAAAUUGGUAAUAACUUAACAAUAGUAAAUCAUAUAAUAGUAGUCAAUAGGUCAAAUGGAAAAUAUAUGAACAUAUGUAUAAAAUACUUAAGUUAUCCAAUAAGAACAUAUAUAUGAUAACAGUCCAAAAAUAGUUCCCAGAAGUCACCCAUAAUUUAAUCUUCGCUAGGAUAUAACAUGGAGAAGCUGUAAAGUUGACUAUUUCCAUUAAUAUAGUCUACAGAAGAAAGUGAACCGUGUUAGAUUAAGAAGCAACAAAGUAUGCAUUUAAACGAAGACCGUAUCUCGUUCAGCUUGUUAUCAAGGCGACAUCACAUUUACCAUAAGUAUUAGUAGUUAAAACAAAGUCAAGUGUUUGGUGUGGUAUUCAGUGAAGAAUUUUAAAAAGAACGAACUAAAUAGAAAACAGCACUUUCCACUUAUUGGUCUAAUGCAUAUUCUGGAUUAUCUUGUAAUUCAUAUUGAGUGACAUAUUUGGACUGCAAAUUUAAAGGGUUUAAAUCCUUAAAGAAGGCGAAGUAUUUACAUAUUAUGACCCCCUUUUUACUGGAAGUUUUUGAAGGUAAGGUUAACCCUUGGAAAUACUCUGAAUCUCACUGAAAUAUUCCAAUUUCAAUUAAAAGAUACUCAAUAUAAAAAUAAUACAAAGCUAUAGUACGUUAACUCAUUCACCAAGUACUCUACUAUGAGUUACAUUUCAACUGCGAGAACCAAUGAUACUGCCCCCCGUGCAAAAACCGGAAUAGGCAAGGGUGUUCGAGACGGACUGAAAGGUGACUGCCUUAACCACUAGGCAGCGGCUCAACGAAAGCUACAUAGAAUUUUGUUUAGAUAGUUUAAUUGUUUCCGUAAACCGUUAUCACACUUCGACAAUGAGGGGGUAUAAUUUUACUUUUUAAUUCUAAAGAACAGCUUAUCAUAAAUAUUUGUGUGCUUGAUUGAACGUGUGAACUCUGACAAAUCUCAGAAUAUUAUAUCGAACGGGACGAAAGGUUAGGGUUCCUUCCUAAUUCACACUGUAAAGGAACUAUAUUCAUUUUACAACCUCAUGUGUAGUUCAAAGGAAAG